GGAGCUUCGGAGGGUUUCUAGAACUUUCUAUAAAUACCAACACCAAGUGCAAUUUUGUUGUGUGUCCAUUACAACUGCUCGUCUGCUCCUUCUCCUGCUCUUGCUUCUGCUUCACUCUCGUUGUCUCAAAUCAAGAAGAUGUCUCAGUUCACUCAUCCAGAUUGCCAACGAGCUAUGGAUGCCAAAGAAGAGCAUGAUGCAGCUGAGAGAGCCGCCAUGAUCGCGGUUUGUCUGAUAAGCAGUGCUCGGAUGGUUUCUAACCUGGACAGCGAGUACACUUCCUACUCUGCUCAGUACUUGGUGGAAAACGCUGGUCGCAAGAACGAGUCCCCUCAGGAUCCUCAGCCCUUUACCAUCCAAAACUGCCUUGCGUACUUGGUUGACAUCGCUUGUCCCAAGCCUGAGACCGAGCAGAGAGCACCGGAUGAGCGACGCAACACGCUGACUCUCAAAGACUGCCUCGAGUGUGCUUUGAGAGAUGGGUUACCGUUAGCUGAGCACUGGACACAUUUGGGAUGUGUGCAGAAGACUCCCCCGUUCGCAUCUUCCAUCCCUCGUGUUCCCAUGAAAGGAGAACUGGUUGAGGCUGAGACAUCUGAAGAAGCGUCUAAGUUGCUGAUGCUGCAGCCGGUGGGAGCGAAGCUGCAUGUGUUCAGUCCAGAGUUUGAUCUUGUUAGGGAAGAGGGGUUUUACGAAGGCCCGGCAGGUCCUGAAUCACGCUAUGUUGGACUAAGAGACGUGAUGGUAACUGGAAAUGGGGCGACCAAGAAAGGUCCUUUUUUGGAGGUGAAGAUAGUCUACAAGAAGAAGGAGUCAUUCCUCAAAGUGUCUACAACUCGUGUGCUCACCUCACUCCCAAAUGACAGCGGCGAAGAGUCUCAGCUCGCUGAGCCAACGGGUCUGCUUGUUGACUUCAUCAUCCCUCGCUUUUCUGACUAAAUAAACAAGAUCUUGUAUGGUCUUGUUGAGUAAGUAUCUAGAGAACAACAUGUUGGUUAAUAAGUGAAGUAUCAUGAACACCGUAUGCUAAGAGUUGUGGAACUCGUUUGUUGUCAAAAGACCUUAUUCUAGGAGACUUUUUAUCUUAUGACUAUUGAGUGAUGAAGUUUGAUAUUCUACUAA